AUGAGCCUCAAAUCCCCGACGUCUGCUCUUCAGUUUGAGAACAAAGGCAGCCAUAUGAUGGCGAAAAAUGAAAGUUGUUUUCUGGUCCGGCAUACCCCUCAUCCCAGAAGGGUCUGCCACAUCAAAGGUUUGAAUAACAUUCCGAUCUGUACUGUGAACGACGAUCAAAACUCAUUCGGAACAUUGUGGGGUGUUGGCCAGUUCAACCCUUUAGAGAAGGACGAUAUACCACAUCCACCACGCACUGCAGCCCUGGACAACACAGUAAGAGAAGACCCACCAGACCCCGUCAGGGUCAAGGUGUCCUCUCCACGGCAUCAUUCAGAGCCCUACAGAAAAAUCAAGGAAUGCUUCAAAACUUCCAGUGAGAAUCCCUUAGUAAUUAAAAAGGAAAAAGUGAAGGUGAAAAACCCACCCUUACCUCCAAAGGCAUGGUCUACUGCUGGCUGUUGUUCUUCAGAGGUGCUGAAUACUACGACUAGUGCCAAAGAGAACACCAUACGCAUACCAAACUAUCUAGAGCAGGAAAUCAAAAUUCUGGCAAAGCUCUGUAACAUUUUACGUACUGAUUCUCUGGCAGAAGUUCUACAGUGGCUGCUUCAUGCAAGUUCAAAAGAAAAAGAGUGGGUCUCAGCUUUGAUUCAUGCUGAGCUGGCAGAGAUACACUUGUUGACACACUUCCGCAGAAACAUCUCACCAGAACCAGUAGGAGAGACUGGCAAGCCACCCAAAGUUGAAUCGCCCCCAAAUUCACCUGCAAAAUCAAAAGUGCUGACCACAUCUAGGGAAGGACAUCAACUCACCAGAUCGUCAAGUCAAGGAUCUGAAAGAAAUAAGGAUGUACCAAAAGAGGCUGAGUACAAUCCUCCAGUGUUUAUAAGAAGAAAUAAGAUGACAAUACCUGUUGCAGAAUAUUUCAGCGAACCAAAGUCUCCUUCCAGGCCUAAAACACAGGAGAGCAUAGCAGCAAAACCAAUGACAGCAAGGAGUAUCCAACAAGGAUACAAUCUCUCUUCCCAAAGAGCAUUUUCUCCUAUAACAUACCAAAGGUAGAAAUUCCAGACUGGACUAAUUAUUUCACAAACAUGAGUUUCACUUUGUUAUAUCAAAUUAUGUCAUAAAAAAUGUUUGGUACUGAGGAAUCAACAGCUCCUCUAUCUGGUGGCUCAUGUAAAUCUCAAAGCACUUGAAUAUAAUAAAUAUUAAUGGAGACAAUAUUUUUAUUCGUAGCUAAUUUUAAUGCCAUGUAUAAAAGAAAUAUGUUUAUUUAUAUACUA